AUGGUUCGCCGCCGCCGCCGCAAGGACACGAUGCGCCCUGCCCUGCCCGACAUCUAUCCGAGACUUCAGAGCGCAUCCCCACCCCUAUGCCCGGUACGUACGCAUGUAUUGGCAACGUGGACGGUGGUGAUGGAGACGCAGGGCCAUGGCGGUCAGCAGAGUUGUGCGUCGAGUUCAACGCGGCCCCAUCAGGACGGGGCCCAUGGUCUCCUCAUCGUCAGUCCCAACUUGGGUGCGGACCAGGCGCCGUCCGCCCGUAACGAGUUAGCGGCAGCUCUCGCGGGAUCCAGCACAGCACGUCGGAACUGCAGAAGCGGGAACGGGAUUUCCAGGCGAGCGGUCGUGCUGGGUGCCCGAGUGGGUCGAGGCUUCUCGGACAGGCUGCACUGA